AUAUGAGUCUGCUGCACAUCACAUCUGAUCAUCCUGAUCAUCUCGAUCAUCUUGAUCAUCUGAAUCAUCCUGAUCAUCUGAAUCAUCCUGAUCAUCUGCAAAGAUGCUGAGAAUCCUCUUCUUCGCCUCCUUCGCAGCCCUCGUGCUCGGACAGUCAACUGACGUUGUGGUCCCUGCAAAAGCUCCAAAACCACAGACCAAGAUUGUUGGUGGACAAGUGACCAGCGCAAAUGCUUGGCCCUGGCAGGCUUCACUGCGAGCUCAGAGCAGCAUGUGCUACAACCAUGUCUGUGGAGGUGUGCUGAUCAAAGCGCAAUGGGUGUUGACCACUGCUACCUGCCUGCAAGCAAACCCGAUUGUCAUGGUUGUUCUUGGUGAGCACGAUAUGACUGCAGCUGAGAGUGGCAAGGAGCAGUUCUAUGGAGUCAGCGCCACCUACAUCCACCCAAGCUGGAACCGUGAUCUGACUGCUGGAAACGACAUUGGCCUGAUCCGUCUGACCUCUCCAGCCACCCUGAACUCUUACAUCCAGCUGGCUCCUCUGCCUUCCCUCAACCAGAUCCUCUCCAGAGGCACCCCAUGCUACGCCACCGGCUGGGGAACCACUCAGACUGGCGGUUUACUCUCUGCUCAGCUGAGACAGGCUUACCUGCCCUCAGUCGAUUACGCCACCUGCAGCAGCAGCACCUGGUGGGGCUCUGUGGCCAAGAGCAACAUGAUCUGCGCUGGUGGUACUGGAGCUGCUUCUAUUUGCACUGCUGACGGUGGUGGCCCUCUGAACUGUCUGGUUGGUGGAAGGUAUGUGGUCCAUGGUCUGUCCAGCUUUGUCUCUAGCCUUGGUUGCAAUGUCGUCAACAAGCCCAGCGUCUUCACCCGUGUGUCUGCCUACCUGACCUGGGUUCAGAGCUAUACCGGCUAAAAAUGAAGCACCACUGGAAAGGGAUUUGGAACCAUGGAAGGAACCUUCAUAGGAGUUUCUUCAUUGUAAGGCUGUUCCAGAAUCAUCAUAUUUUAAAAAAAUGAAUUUCUGUUGUCUAUAUUCUAUAAUAAAUAAUGUCUGAAACAAAUGAACAUGCUUUACUUUUAAUCGAACAAAAUAAACACUCUAAACUUUCA